CUUCUACUCGAGUCGAGCCAGUAUUACUUAUGUCUUCCAAUCAAGCCAAGAAGGGCGGGUUUGCUGCCACCAACCCGGACCGCCAGCAAGAAAUUUACAAGCUGAUGGGCGUCUACCAAGCCAAAGGCAUGGAUGAUCCGGUCAUUCGUGCGAACUGGGAUUACCGCAACAUGUCCGAGUUCCACGCUCCGCGCCAGAAUGCCGUCUCAUUUGAGAUUGGCGUGCACGGGGGCAUGGCCAAGCCCGAGCGUCGCGCUUCAAGUGAGCAGCUCCCUGCGGCGCAGGACGUUCUGACAACCAGCAUGGGUGCGCCAAGUCUCAUCCCGACUGGGAUUUCCCAAUCGUCCGUCAAAGGAUCAGAGAUGGUUCCUCCUCCUGCGAGCCUUGCGAACACUAGCAAGUCUACCUGGCAGGGUCCUUCAACCGUUCGCAAUUAAACCCAGUGGCAAUCGACCCGCUCCUCGGUUUUCGGUGUUCAUGCGUUGUUUGAUCUACUUGGUCCCGAUUGGCAAGCGCGUGCAGGUGCACGCUUGCGGGGGUGGGGUGGGGUGAAAAUGGUUGUUCCAAGCCGUCUGGAAUGGUGUGAAUAGAAAAAUGUCUUUUUUGGUGUUGCAAGACAACAAUAAACCAUUCAAAAGGUGGGGAUA